AGAACAAACAUCAAUGAAAUUGAAAACACACAGGGUUGAACACUGAUUUGAAGAAACCCUAACUAAAGGUUUCGUCCGGUCAUCUCUGUUGUGGUUUCUUUCGGCUUUCUUCCACAUCAACGACUAGCAAACACAAAGCCACCAAUAGGGAAGCAAAGAGUCGAGGAGAUUGGAAGAUGGGUAAGAAAGGAAUUUCGCAUGCGUGGAAACUGGUGGGACUCGAGUUGUGUUGACAUUGCAGCCGCUGGUCUCGGUUGGUUUGUGAUUGGACUAAAAGGAGAGGCUUUGCUUGGUAAAAACAUGCAUUUAGAUGAUUUUUUUCAUUCUUUUAUGAAUAAACAUCAAGUAUUAGAUAGAAAGAUUGAAUUUUGCGUUUUUAUCAGAUCGAAAGAUCUUAAAUUUUGCAGUCGAUUAACCGUUAAUUUUGUAGUCAGCGUGAGUGAAGUCGAGGCUUUAUAUGAGCUUUUCAAGAAGUUGAGUAGCUCCAUCAUCAAUGCUGGUCUCAUUCACAAGGAAGAAUUCCAGCUUGCGCUUUUCAGAAACAGAAACAGGCGAAAUCUAUUUUCAGACAGGAUAUUCGAUCUGUUUGAUCUGAAAUGUAACGGAGUUAUUGAUUUUGGAGAGUUUCUUCGAUCAUUAGGCGUUUUUCAUCCUAAUGAUCCAGUAGAAGAUAAAAUAAAAUUUGCUUUCAGGGUAUAUGAUCUAAGACGUACCGGUUUUAUCGAAAGAGAGGAGUUAAAAGAGAUGGUGAUAGCACUCUUACACGAGUCAGAUUUGGUCCGAUAAAUGGGGAGACACAUCUAAUUACACAGGUAAUGGGCACAUACGUCUAUGCAGCUCCCGAGUAUGUGGCAACAGGUGAGUUAAUACCUUGUAAAUAGUGAAAUACGAUGAUGUUCGA